AUGGUAAUUGCAAUUUUCAUUUUUUUAUUAUUUGAAUUAGUAUCAUCUAACAAGAGUGAUGCUAAUCAGAAUAUCAUAGAAGAAACAAAAUCGUACCCAUCCGAUUCGACUAUUAAUUCUAUAUCUACAGAUGAAAAGUACGAUAAGUACGAAAAGUAUGAAAAUUAUAAAAACCUUGUACAUACUUCUGAAAGAAAUAAUAGGAUAGUAUGCGUUCAGAAAGAAUACAACCAUUUAAUAUACUAUACCUAUGAUAAUGAGUGUGAUCCUCAAAAUACCUUUAGCUUUUCUUUUAAUUCCACCUAUAAAUUUCAUGAUGAUUAUUAUUUGUCUUACAUAAAGAAUAGAGAAUCUUUUGUUGAAACUAAAAUAAGUCCACAGUUAGCCGUUGGGUCAUGUAUAACUUGUCUCUUCCUCGACGAAAUAAAUUUACUAAGUAUAUAUGGAUACACAUUCAUUUAUAACAAAUCGGACGAGGUUGAUUACAAGAACUACUAUAAAAAAAUUAUCGACACGCAUUAUAAUUUGGAGGAAAAUAUCAAUUUGCCACAUUUACCUCCGAAUAAUGAUUCAUUCGAGGAAACAGGCAAAGUAGAACCAUUCGUAGAGGAAGUGCUGGAUAUCGACAGAUGCCCAGAUGAUGGAGAUGAUGAUGACGGAAUCGUUCUCAGCAGUGUAAGUGGUAACACCAAUAACACGAGCAGUAGCUACAGUAGGUACAGUGGACAGGACGAGGAGGAACGCGAGUUGACAACCCAAAAGCAUAACGAAGGAGAGAAAAAAAGUUCAGAAAAUGAUGCAUCCUUUUUUAAUAAUUAUGAAAAUACGAUAUUGCAAAAUUUUUUAAAAGAGAACAGAAUACAUUAUGCGUACGAUGAAAUAGGGAAGAAUAAAUUUCGGUACGAUAGUGGCACCAGUGUAGAGGUGCGCAGCAAUAGCAACAACAAUAAUGAUUUCAUCAGCAACAGCAGUAGUAACAACGAUAACAGUAGUAACAACGAUAACAGUAGUAACAACGAUAACAGUAGUAACAACGAUAACAGUAGUAACAACGAUAACAGUAGUAACAACGAUAACAGUAUUAACAACGAUAACAAUAGUAAGAGUAGUAAUUCUUUAAAUGGCGAAAUGGUAGACAAUUUUUUUCUAAACUUGAACGUGAUAGGAAGCAAUGAAAGAGAGAAAAAUUAUGGUACUGUAUCUACUAAUAAAAAGAUAUUACACUUAAAAGAUUUACCAAAUCUUGUUUUUAAGGAAAAAGAAUGCAAUGUAUUUAAAGAAGACAUAAAUAAAAAAAAAAUUUGGAGUAAUCUUAUUUUCGUUAACUCAUUUACUAAUAUAAAUAUACUGUCACAUAUGGAUAAGUUCAGAGGGACCUAUGCUGAAUUAAAAUAUUAUUCCUUUCAUCAAAAUUAUAAAGAAAAGAAAGUUAAUGAUUUUAUAUCAAUUACAUUAGAUUUAAAUAAUAAAGAUUAUUUAAAAAAUAAUAAUGUAUUCAUUUUAAUAGCUAAUGAUGAAAUAAAAUUUUUAAAAAAAAUUAUUUUUUGUUCCCCUAUUGUCGUCAACAAAGAAUCAGCUAUUUCAUAUAUAAAUGAUAAUACUAUCAUUACAGAAUAUGAAAAAAUAAAAAAUAUAUACAUGUCUAAUGAUGCAAAUAAUCAAGUAUUUUUACUAAAAGUUUUAUAUCAUCAAGAUGAAAUACAUUUGAUUCUAAUUGAUCAUAUUAGAGGCAUUAGUCACCCUAUGAAAUUGAGUAUACCCUUUUUCUUCCUGACAACCAAUUCUUAUUUUUCUCAGUUCACUCAUUUUUUUAUGAAAGACAAUUUAAUAGGCUGGAUCAUGAAAAGUAAAAUGCUGUACGUCCGAACUAUACGCAAAGUUUUCUCCUACAUUCGGGAAAGCACCAUGUACUCCAAAAAAAUCUAUGACGUGGUUUCUAUAGAAAACAAGAUCAUAUCAAACAUCUAUUUGUUGUAUUUGAGUUAUUCAAUAUUUAAAUAUGUAUUAUUUGGUAGAUAUAAUCCUAUGAAAGAUUAUUCAUUACACAAAAGCAUAACAUUCGAGGCUGUACUACUAAACAUAAUGAGUACAUUUACAAAUGAAGAAUUAACAAAUUUUAAAAUGUACUUUGAAAAAAUUACAAAUAAGCAAGUAGGGAAUAUCAGUAAUAUAAAAAAAAUCAAAAGAAUGGAUGUAUUCGAAAUAUUUGUUAUUCCAUCUGAUAAUUAUGUGAGGUUUCAAAAUGUACUGUCAAAACUUUUCAAAGCAAUAUUUGAUUGUGGGGGUAAACAUAUUUCCAAGUUGAUAAAAAUAGUCGUGCUGAGGUCACAUUACGAUAUGUUAUACAAUUUCAACUGUUACAAUUAUCAGCUGUACAGUUUUUUGGUCAAUCUUUUAGAUUUACAUGAAUAUUAUUAUGAGUACACGGACCUGGACAAUCUGUUUAAGGAAAGUCAACGAAUAUUAACACAGUUGAUCAAGUUGACACUCGAGGAGAUGAAUAAUUUGAUCCCUUUCAAUGAAGAUAAGAAGCUGAUCAAGUACCUCAUUAUUAUCCUCUACUUUGGAAAUGAUAUGUUCUGCUUAGAAAAGGAAAAUUCAAUAUACAUACAACUGAUCUACGAACUGAGGCAUUUGAAUAUUUUUCAUGCAAUAAUAGUUGCUUAUCUCUCGGAAGAAAAAGCUGGUACACUGUGUUCCAGAAAGAAUAUGAUAGGAGAAGAAACAUUACAAAAUGAUUCAUUAAGCCCUUAUGAAACAUUUGAAGAUAAAAAUGUUUAUUUAAAAUUUGCAUGUACAAGUAAAUGCAAUAUGAAUGAGUUGGAGAAUAACUUUUUAAAAAAAUUUAAUAAUAAAUAUUUUGGUGAUUUUCAUGUUACAAUAAGAUCUUAUGAGCAUUAUACCUUAGGAAUAUUUCUAGUUUCCUUUAUGACAUCUGUAGUAUUCAUUGUAGGUGAGCUCCAUAAAGAAAUGAAAAAAAUCUAUGUAUACAGAAUUUUUAAAAAUAUAUUCAUAAAAAAUUAUACGCACAAUAUUACCAAGUAUUACACUUUCUGGAACACCAGGCUUUACGCUUUUGCCCAAUAUGAACCUGAGUGUGUGCUCUUGUUUAAUAAAUACAACUUAUAUGAAAAGUACAACCUUACUAGACAUAUUAGCGAUUCGCUCAGGGAAAACAACUUGGAAAAGUUUGGAAGGUUGAAUAACAUGAAAGGGGGAAAAACGGAAAAAAUGGCAAAAACAGGAAAACACCUAGACAAAGCGGAAAAACAUUGUGACAAUUCUGGUGAUAAAUGUGAAGAGGGAAGUCUGAACAACAACGAGGAAUUAAUGAAGUACUUUUCCGCUGAAAACCAUAGCUGCUUAUGUGACAAAAACAUGAUCAACAAGCCAAAAGGAGAAUUUGUAGUAAGCGAAUAUUUAGAACUGAGGUCGAAUUUUAUGAAUAAAAUAAAAAGAAGUAAUACAGAGUUAUAUGAAAAGAUGAAAAAUUAUAAUUUUUUUAACGACCCUUUAGAGAUAUCUUAUAAAACAAGAAAUUUCGAAAAGGAAAAAUUAAUAGACAUAUGUAAAGAUAUAAAAUUUGAGAAAAAUGGUUUAUGUUUAUUUGAUAAGUCGAGGAUAAUAUUAACUUAUUUGUACUUACUAUCUACAUGGCCUGAUUACAUAUUUUAUGUUGUUAGUCCACUUGUUUUUAUAAAACCCCAAAAAUAUUGUGAUCAAUAUGAUAUACCAUUAGUAUUAAAUAAUAUGCUAAAAAAUAGAUAUUUCUAUAAAAAAAGCUCAAAAAUAUGUAUUAAUUAUGCAUUUGCUCACUUUAUAUCAUCUGGAAAUAAAACAAGUAAUUUGGUGGUCACAGCAAAAAUUAGUAGUACCAUGGAAAACAUAAGUAAAAGUAAUCUGCUACUCAUCUUACCACUAAUCAAAAGAGUUGAUAUAUUAGAUUAUUCAAAAAAUAAUGAAUAUGAUAUAAAGGAAGAAAUAGUAAAUGAAUAUUUCAUUUUAGGAAAUUCUUAUACCCCAAUUAAUAUCAUAUCUUACAGUUUUAAAGAUUAUGAUCAGAUAAAAAAAAAUGCACAUAUUACAAUAGCAGGGGCUUUCAUAAAACAACAGGGCAAAAAAUUUGUUACCUAUCAUAGAAUUAGUAAAAAAUAUAAUGAACAUGUUCAAUGCUCAGAAGGUCAUUUCUUUCAAUUUAAUGGUCAAACUUUAUGUUUUUGUGAUAUUUUAGCAAAAAAAAAUAGGAAUAAUAAAAAUUGUCUAUAUCCGUUUUGUGAACAAAGUAAACAAUUCUGCUAUUUAAAUGAAGAAUGUGUUGAUGGAAAAUGCGUUUGCAUUGAAGGCUACUCAAGAAACCCCAUGAGUUUUUUAUGUGAAAAAAAUAAUGAAUGUAUUCUUCAUGGACAACAGACUUGUAAAGGUCCAGGCAAAUGUGUGCUAACCAAUAAUCGUUACAUCUGUUUAUGCCCAAUUCCAUACGUUCGAAUAUUAAAUAAUUGUCUUCAUCCCAUCAAAGGAAUUAUAAUAGGCUUACGAAUCUUCAGUAAUUUCGACAGUGACCAUUCCAAUGACGAGGACGAUGCUUCCAAAAAGGAAAAAUUUUAUACAAAUGUGUUCGGGUCUAUAUCUGAGUAUAUCAAGGCCACCAUUGAUAGUACCGUGAAACACGACCUCAAGCCAAGGAUGUACGCCAUGCCGAUUAGAAAAAUGAAAGACGGAAUUAAGGCAACGAUAAUAAUAAAUGAAAGGAAUGACCCCACUGAACCGACACCCAUUGAAGUAUUUAGCAUUUUUUUGAAUCAAUUUCGUGAUUCAACAUCUGUCUUAAACAAUGGAUUCUAUUCCUAUUUUGCUCGCUUUACUUAUAUAGAAUACGUAAAAUCUUUUUCUAAGAAUGAUGAUCUUUCUCCCUUUUAUGACAGCUUCAUGAACUACUUACCUAACUUUUUCAUUAAAAUUUUCGAAGUAGAUACCUUCAACAAUAUAUCAGUUGUUGUUUGUACCAAUUUUGUUAUUUUAAUUAUUGUUGCUUGUAUGGUACUCUUUUAUUUUUUAUAUUUGUUCAUCAAAAUUAAUUUUAUUCAAAGAGAACGAGUGAAGGCAUUUUAA